GGGCCGGAAUAGAGCAUCAGUUUCGGUGGAGUCAAGCUUCCAGCAGCAAUCCGACACAGAGUUCCUCUUUAUCAGUUCAUCAUGCGGUACGCCCUACUCGUUGUGUUCCUGUGCGGACUCCUCUUCGCCUUUGUCUCGGCUGGCGGUUCCGGAGGCGGAGGUGGGGGCCAAGGAGGCUGGCAGAAGAGUGGUGGUGGCCAAGGAGGCUGGCAGCAAGGCGGCGGCGGUGGAGGUGGAUGGCAGCAAGGUGGAGGCGGUGGUGGCCAGGGAGGCUGGCAAAAGAGCGGUGGAGGCGGCGGUGGCAAGCACGGAGGCGGCGGCGGCGGAAAUGGUGGUGGCAAACAUGGCGGCGGCGGGUGGUGAAAGAUAUCAACCCCAUUCGCUCCCUUCAGCCAAAGGAACCCACGAUAACCUUCCAGUCCAGCGAUAUCCCCGGCCAAGAUCUGUUCCCAACACAAACUUUACAUAACUUUUCUUUUGAUUUCUCCUGUUUCUAACUGUAUUAAUAAACAAAACUCUGCUUAGCAUUUUAAAAGCUAAAAA